CAUUCACACGCAAACACUCUCAGACGUACGCACACCCAACCUCUCCUACUCCUCUUGCUCCUCCAUCACAUCCUGUCCCAAUUUACCGAGACCUGGACCAGACACCGAACAUCCAUGACUCCAUACGGAUACUGA